GUCUGCUCAGUGAGAGAGACGGGAAGUAAUAAAAGCUAAGACCUGCUGUUUGUAGGGUGGAAAACAGGAGGAAAAGCGAACGACUAGACCAGCACAGAUACUGUGGAAUGAGGGACUCUAAAACAAAAGUGAUGACGUAGACAGCCCCGGUUCCCUAAUGGCUCUUGCAGCGGAGGAGGGAGAAAACCCUCCGGACAAGGUCUCACAAUCUUAGACUAACGUAACUCCCGAUGUACAUGAGAUAUUUUUCCAGGCUAUUUUCAGUGCAUGUCAUCAUGUCAUAUGGAAUACCUAAUUUUCCAACUUCUUGCCAACCCAUCUGAUACCUGAUAUUGAUCUAUGGCUGGACCCAGGCCUGUGGUGCUUAGCGGGCCCUCCGGGGCAGGGAAGAGCACUCUGCUGAAGAAGCUCAUAAAGGAAUAUGACAGUGUCUUUGGCUUCAGCGUCUCUCAUACAACAAGAAACCCCCGGCCUGGAGAGGAAAAUGGCAAAGAUUACCAUUAUGUAACACGGGAGGUGAUGCAGGCUGGCAUCGACAACGGUGAUUUCAUCGAGAACGCGGAGUUCUCUGGGAACAUGUACGGGACGAGUAAAGCCGCUGUGCAAGACGUCCAGGCCAAGAACCUCAUCUGUAUACUUGACAUUGACAUGCAGGGUGUGAGGAACAUCAAAGGGACAAACCUCAAUCCCAUUUACAUCUCCAUCCAGCCACCAUCCAUAGAAAUCCUGGAAAAACGUUUAAGAGACAGGAAAACAGAGUCAGAGGAGAGUCUCCAGAAACGUUUACAUGCAGCCAAGGUGGAAAUGGAGUUCAGUAAAGAACCUGGUGCAUUUGAUGUUAUAAUCGUCAAUGACAGUUUGGAGGAUGCUUAUGGGCAGUUAAAAAAUGCUCUUCUUGAGGAAAUUAAUAAAGUGAAGAAAAUCAGCAUGUCUUCGUAGGAGACCAGCGGCAUCCUGACACCAUGAAGUCCCGUCCAGCCACUCCUCACAAAACCACAGACCUCCAUUCCAGUCGUGUACAUUCCCACAGAUGGUGGUCUGUCCGUUGGAUUUACAUACUGUUUAGAAGUAUAUGAUAACAUACUGUAAAGUGGACCUUUUUUUUUUUUUUUACUGACAAAGCGCUUUUUAUAUUUUUAUUUUCAUUUGUAUGAAAAAAAGAUACUCCAAUAAUCCUUACUUGAUGAGACUGGCAUGGUAGGAUGUUCAGAUAAAUGGAUAUACUACUUGCAGCUUGGUCCUGCAAACAAAGCUUAAAAUAACUCAUUCCAUUCAGGAUAAACUGGUUUGUCAAUGGUAUGAAGAACUAUGUAUCUGGAUAUCUUGGUUAGUGGCAGUGAGUUAUGUUAUUCUUACAACAUUAGAGUUUUUUUGUGCAACUGUGUUGAUAGUUAAAUAGAUUUACAGAAACAAUCAAAUGUGCUGGCGACGGAAAACAUGGCAGUUGUUUACUUACAAGGGAUACAUGCAAGUCAACUGUACUGUUGAAAUAAUACAACUGUUCCAGUGCUGGUUAAUGCUUUUACUCUACAGACUUGGCCACAUAGUGUGUUAACAUCAUUAAAGUUUGGUUUGCUGGAUAAGGAUAAAUACUGAAGUGCUAUAGUAGGAUUAAAUCCCAUGAUAGAGGUAGAAAAUGUAGCGUAGAACAAAGAAACAAUAGUACAUCUAAUGUCACCUUUUUGUUGUUUUGUUGGCUGUGACUGAUCAGUUUAACUGUUUAUUUUACAGUUGUGAAUUUGUAAAACUUUUAUAUUGUGUAACUUAAUCACUUUGCAGCUUCAGCUGUAGAGUAAAAUGACAUUCAUUGGACUGUUUUGAUUCAUAACAAAAGGAGAGCUUUUUAACUUUGAAGACAAAUUAAAUGGCGUGUCUUUUUUAUAUUGCUUAGAAUUAAGCACACGAUAAACCUCCUUUUACUUGAAAGCUAAGAAAACAUUUAUAAUCCAUUUGUAAAUUGGCAUGUUUUUUUCUUAUUACAUUUUUCAAUUUCACGGAUAUUAAAAAUACCCAGACAAUUAUAUUCAGGCACCCUGUAACACCCAUUUCUUUGUGCAGGUGAUUUUGUGUUCUUGUUAUAACUGUUAAUUAUUCAUUGCUAUUUAAAUUAUUUGUGCAAAUGUCACAUCAUAUUUGUUGAGAUGCAUGCAGUCCUCUGGUUUGCCAUUUAAACCUAACCAGCUAUUACAAUGUUGUGCUUGAUAAAAAUAUAUCAUUAUGGAUUAAGUUCAUUAAACAUCCAGCAGUAAGACUAUGUUACCAGUUGAAACUCCAAUAAAUAUGUCAAAACACAA